GCGUGAGGUCGCUCGCUCCGACGUCGGCGUCUGCCGCUACUUUCCCCGGUUACACCAAACAGAACCAGAGUAGUGGGCGGCGCCGACCUGGGGGGACAAUGAAGUUGGAGCUAACGGAGGAACCCCGGGCGAGCACCGGAUUGAAAGAGAUGUAGCUGAGUGUCAACUUUCUUUAACCAUAAAGGGUUCAGGGUGGGUUUCAGCUGGUGGCCAGAAAAUGAUCGACUCUGUAAAGCUCCGGAGAGAUAGCGCUGCAGAUUUCUUUUCUCACUAUGAAUAUCUCUGUGCACUUCAAGACUCUAUACCUCUGCCUGUUGUGAGAACCAACUUGAGGCUGGGUGUGCUCGAUUUCAAUGCAGAUCGCCUCAAACUCCUGGACUGGGCACCUUUGUUAAGUGCUCUUAGGAUAAAUAAAAAUUUGCCCUCUAUUGCCAUUAGAAGCUUCUAUCAACCAGGUUUUGGAGAUUCAGCUUCUGAUAGGUAUAAAGCCUAUUAUAAAAGGCGAAUUCCUACAAUUAGAUCCAAAGAAGUGACCAUCCAAUUAUGUAAAGCUAUUAAAGGCUGUUUAAGUGUAUCUCCUGCUCUGAAGAAUCUAGAGCUUCAGGGAAUAUAUUUAAGAGAACGAGAUUUAAUAUUGUUAACAAGGGGAUUGAAUAAAUCAGCAUCUUUGGUACAUCUCUCUCUAGCGCAUUGUCCAAUUGGAGAUGGAGGUUUAGAAACGAUCUGUCAAAGUGUAAAGACCUCAGUAACCCUCAAGACUAUAGACUUCUCAGGGUGUAAUCUGACAUGGCGUGGAGCGGAACAUCUGGCCAAUAUCUUAAAGUACCAGACAAUAAAGAGGCAUGAGGAUGUGUGGGCUGAGAGUCUUCGCUAUCGGAACCCUGACUUGGAUGGCAUGGCAGGCUUACAACGCAUCUCACUCAACUACAACACCCUUAUUGGUGAUCAGGGUGCCAUCGCUUUUGCACAAUGUCUUUGUGACAGUUUAUGGCUGAGAGCACUUGAUCUGCAGCAAUGUGGAAUUAGCAAUGAGGGAGCUAAAACCCUACUAACUGCCCUGGAAGGAAAUACAACUUUGAUGGUUCUGGAUGUAAGAAAAAACCCACUAGUUGAUCAUUCUUUGAUGAAAACAAUUAUAAACAGAGCUGUCCAGAAUGGAAAGAGUGCUAAAUCAGAGUACAAGUGGUUAAAUUCUCCAAUAAAGGACCUUUUCAAAACUAAACAGAAAAAAAGAACUAUAAUUCUGGGAAGUGGUCGAAAAGGAAAAGCUACUAUUCGUAUUGGUAACCCUGCUUUUUUAACGCCGCUUGGAAGUUCCUCCUUAAUUUGGAGGCACAAAGGAGUAACAUCAGUGAAACCUCCAAGUAUAGGAAGCAAACACUUAUACAGUAAAGAUGCUUACUCUCCAGAGUCAUUAUCACCUGGGACAUAUGGCUUCCUGCCUUGGCGUACUGCGGAACGUGCCAACAGGUGCAGGGGAUUUCCACUGCUUAAAACCCGAGAUUUAUCUUGGCCAGUUCAGCAAUUAGAUUUUCCUGUGAAAGUAACUGUGGAGACCCCAUCAUGCUCAGAUGUGGAAGAAUCAGAAGAUACUGUUUUAGAACCUGUUUCUGAAAAAAAUGCCUUAACACCAUACAAAAUAAAUGAAAUACAGGAAAAAUUGGAAGAGUGCAUAAAGCAAUUAAAAGCAGAAAGGAUUAUGAGAGUCAAGGCUGAUAAACGAGUAACUGAGCUGGAACUUGAGAAUUCCCAGUUGCGAAAUAUAAAUUUCUCUCUGUCUGAGGCUCUUCAUGCACAAUCACUAGCAACCAUGAUUUUGGAAGAUGAUGGUGUUUUGGGUAGUAUUGAGUCAUCUUUCCAAAAGUUCCAUGCUUUUUUGGAUCUCCUUAAAGAUGCUGGGCUUGGGCAGCUCGCUACAGUAGCUGGUAUAAAUCAAUCAGAUUUUAAUUUCUUAGAUCAUCCCCAGAUGAACUCUACAAUUAAUGCUUUAUUUAUAGAAGGAAAGAAGGAACUUGAAGAAAGGCCAGAGUCUAAUCAGAAUACCCAAGGACCAAUGCAGAGCAUCCAAAAAGUUAGUGGAGAUUUUAGAGGUUCUUUGCCUCUUGGCACCCUCCAGUUUCCAGUUUCUACUCUGGAAGCCUUACCUCCUUCCAAAGAAGUUCAGGAAAUUAAGGGCACUGAUGAUCAGCCGGUUCUUCCUAAAGAAUGUGUCCCCUCACCAUUAUUAUCAUUUUUAGAAAAUAUGAUUGUUGAAGCUCAAGAUCAAAGAAAAGAAGAGGAGACUUUCAGAAGCAGUAGAACUUCCUCAGAGAAAAGUCCCAGAAUGAGUGAACAUAUCUCAAAACACUCUUCUAAGAAACGGUCUGAAAGUUCUUCUAAUUCCUUCCCUGAGACUCCAGUAAGCCAGAAAAGCCGAGGACACAGGGAGCAUACCCCUUCGGAUCCUGAAAAAUUAAAACAUCCAUCUUCAAAAAAAUGCAGCCUUUCUAGGAAAGAGACUAGAGAAGUAACAGUAAUAUCUAAGGCAGAUAAAAGUAAACACAAAACAUUAGAACGUUCUAAGAGUGAAACAGUAGUAUCUGAUCCUGAAAUUCCAGAAAGUAUUCAUUCUCUAUCAAGCACAUGACUCAGGUCUAAAUAUUUGAAAUUAUGUCUUGCCUUAAGAAUUUCAAUAAAAUUGGAAGCAUGGACCUGGAAACCAUUUGAGAAAAUUUACUAUACCUCUUUAUAAUGAUGAAAUGUUUAGUGUGUAUAUCUUCCUCAUAGUAUGAACAUUUGAACAGUUUUAGUACAGAUAUUCAAAUCCCUAAAGGAUCUUGUUUUCCUCAGCUUUCAUGGACCAGUUUUUCUUUUUAAAGUACAUUUAUUUCCAGUUAUAAAUAAACUUUUUAACAUUCAUUUUUUUAAAAUUUUGAAUUCCAAAUUCUCUCUCCCUCCCCAAUCUCCUCUGAAAAGACUAUACAUGUUCAGUCAUGAAAAAUUUUUCCAUAUUACUCAUAUCGUGAAAGAAAUAUAAACCCCCCAAGAUCCCAGAAAAAUAAAAUUUUUAAAAAAUA